AUGGGGUUUUACCUUGUUUUAUUAUUAUUAUGCUGGCAGAGCAUUGGAGGAAAAUGCGUAGAAAAUACAUCCGUCGAAUCUUUAUUUGAUCGAGUAUCUGUACCAACAAAAUUCCUCGACGAUUUUUUUCAAACGCAUGAAAAAACAUCCUCGAACAAAUCAAUCUCUGAAAAAUUUCUUGAAAGUUCUACGAUUCAUUAUCAAAAUUCAAACGGUUUUAUACCUUUGAUCUCAAGGCCUUAUGCAUUUAAGGAGGAUAAUAAAAAUUUUACUACAAAGUCUGAUGAUAAAAUACGUGAAGAAAAAGUCGGGCAGCAAGAAUUAGUAGAUAAAAAAUUGACAUUUUUUAAUGGAGAUGAAACAAAUACAAAUGACAAUCGUCGAUCAUAUCAUACUAACGAAAACCAAGAUGAUUUCGAACCACUAAAAGUUAAUAAUGGAACUCCAAUAAUUGCUAACUAUGAUACAUUCUAUGAUCAAUCAAAAGAAUCAUCAAAACCAGAUACUACAUAUUAUGAUGACAGUAUUAGGAAGCCUCUUAAAAGCAGAGAAAAAGGAAGAGGGAAAAAGACCUAUUUAGGAAAUUAUGAUUCACGCAAUGAAGAUGAUCAGUAUUCUUAUAGUGAUGUCACUGUAGAACAGAAAAAAAAUACCUUUCAGUAUGAAAGAUCAAAUAAUGGCUACAAACAAACUAAUAUUGAAAACUAUAGUCCAAAGUCAUUGUUACCACAAACAAACUACGCAUCUAUGUCGACACCAAAAUUAAAACCAAGACAAACGUUAGAAACGGUGGAUAAUGAGAAAAAAUUUAAAAGUCCCAUAAUUACUGAGCCAAGUGAAUACAAAGUAAAUGACAAAUUUAUUGGUCAACCGUAUAAGAGUGUUGUUUCAACUUUUAGUCCCCAAAGCGAUAAAAAGUAUGAAAUUUACCCGCUUAACUCUGAAUAUGGGACAUUGGAUAAUUUGACACCAACAGAAGGUAACAACAGAAACUACGAUUCAGCUGAUUCAAGAGAUUUCUCCGAUGAGUAUGACGAUUACAUGGGUGAAAAAGAAAGAUCACAACGUGUAAAAAAGAAUAAAAGACGACCCCAUCAUUUCGACUCAUCCAGAAAGUUGCCUAAAGAGCACAGAGAAAGUUACGAUAACUCUUAUGAUGAUACUGGAUACAAGCAUACAAGUUCUAGAUCGAAAUCACGUUACCAACCAAAAUCAAAACCAGUGAAAGUAGUAACUGAAUACAACUAUAAUAGCGAUACAGAUGACUCCGAAGAGCAAUCAAGUCAUUCGAAUAGUCAGCAUAAUGAAGGGUUUUGGAAUCAAAUAACUCCUAAUGUAGAGGUGUCGCAUUCGAAUGGCUAUGAAAUAAAUCAAAUUGAAAAGCCGAAACUCCAUAUUGUUCCUGUAAAUAUUGUCCCCACUUUUGAUCAUGCGACAGCCCUGGACAAUAGUCAAGGUUUUGAUAUCACUAAUGCAAUGUUUACUGGUUUCGUCGAUGGCUCAGUAGUAAGCACUGCUGCUCCAUUAGUAAGUUCUACACCAAGUUAUAUCAGUGAAAAUUUGGUUUCAUCUAGUACCAUAAAACCAAAACUAAAAGUAUCAACGGCUGUACCUGAUGUGAUUGUUGGUCAAAGUUCAUUUAAUAACCCUAUGCAUGCAAUAUUAAUGCCUAAUAAAUUACAGCAAAACAUGUUGCACCAAUACGUACAAAGUACAAUGUCUCCAGCAGUUUUUGCUGUGACUCCACAAUCCAGCUUCUCAGCGUCUCCAACAAUUACACCUCAGUUACAACAAAUGCUAAAUCAAAUGCAAUUUUUUCCGUACAAUCAACAUUACAUGACAGCACAAACAUCAAAUCAGUUCAACUCAAAUAAUCAGAAUUCUAACUAUAAGGAUACUCCGGAGCAAAAUGUAUACCAGCCUACAAGUAGAUCUACAACUGAAGCCACAAACGUAUAUAAUAACAAGAAAACUAAAGGAAGUGGAGGACAAUAUUUAGCGUCAGCAAGUAUGUCUGUGGACCAAGGGACUCAACGUCACUCGCAUAACAGACAUAACAAAAAGAAAAAUAACCUUAAUAAUGACAGCUCAAAUUACAACACAGAAAAUAAUAAGCAGUUAAAACAAAAUUCUAAUACAUUUUUACAGCCAACGGUUGUUCCAGCCAUUUUACACACCGGCAUUGGUUUGAUAAAUAAUCAAAAUCAACCAUUUCUUCAAAAUCCUCUCAUUGUAGCAAAUCCGCAUCAGACUUCACAACUGUUUAAAGCAACAAAUGAUGCCAUAGAAAAUUCUAUAAAACAAUUGCAGUAUAACCUUUUGGCGAACCGCAAUCAAUUAAAUGCUUAUUCAAAUCUUGACAGUUCAGGAGGUGCAAGCAAUAUCGUCAACUCAAUUAGUAACAUAGCUAAUCUGGGACAGAAAGCUCAAUUACCUCUACUAAGUUCUAAAAAUGUUGAAAUAAUCAACCCUAACCUGAAUUCCAAUGCUUAUGCAAUUAAUCCGAUUCCAGCGGCAAUAGUAACCACCCCAAUACCCAUUUUCACAACAACUGGUUUUUUAUCAACAAAACCUGCCUUUUCAACGACAAGUCCAGAAUCAUCGGGUCCCGAUCGACCAUUUUUCAAUCCAAUUAAUUUUGUACCAAAUUAUGAUCUUGUGAAGAGCCAGUCGAUUUUGAACAAUAACAUUGUGCCAAAUGAUGUAUUGUCACAGAACAAUCUAAACCUAGUGUCUCUAUUACCUGGUGGAAACUUUUACAAACAUUCGCAAGGAGCACAAGUUAAUUUAGCUCAUAAACCCAAACUGUCCUCAGAUCUGGAAAAAUAUGCAGAAGAAAUGUUCAAAGAAUCUUUAAAAACUAUAUAUAAUUCACACAAAUGGAACAAUGAUCCUCGAUCACCGUCUACGAACAUCAGUCACAUUGAUGAAUCAGAUAUUGCUAAGCUACGGAGCGAGUUACAUCGAAUAAAAAGUUCUUUGCGAGAGUCAAAAAAACCUAAAGAUGUACUGGAGGCUCAUCAAACGGAAAAUAAAGUUCGUACUAUAAAACCUGGACAUAAUCAUAGGAGACCAGAUUCGUCUGGCGAACACUCUCACAAACAUAAGCAACAUUCUCACGGAUCUCAUCACCACCAUCAUCCUCAUCAUCAUCAUCACAAGUCAAAACCUCAAAUAAAUUCUUUUUUGACGCCACCUAGAGUAAAUUCUUUUAUUUCAAAAAGUCCAUUCCAUGACAAGCCCCCGAAGAAAAGACCUUCUCAUGGACCUCGGCCAAAUUUUAACCAUGAAAAGUCUAGACCUCGACCAAGACAAGGAGUUGUAUUAGCGAAAUCCAAGGGACUUGAUGUGCAAGAGAGUUCUCUAGUGGAUUUCAGAUAUCCUGCUGAAUUAUUCCUAGACAAAUACCAAUACAAUAAACCUGAUUUCCAAACUUUGCAAAAUCAUAACUACCCCACAUUUACAACUCCAUUUUCAGAAAUAGAUCAAGUGAGAGCCUCUGAAGAGUUGAAGUCUUUUGGGAAAAAUUUGUACGAUGUUAAUCACCAGAGAACGCACAAUUUAAUGGGUCUUCUUAUGAAGAAUACUCAACUUCCUUCGGGAAUACGCAGUAAACAGUCGGAAGAUAGAGAUGCAGUGAAUCAAAUGUUUGGAGAAGAAAAUAGAAGAGUCCAGUCACAUGCUAACGGAGAUGUAACCCAAAAUUUUCAAAAAAAGUCUGACAGGCAAGCUCAAUCGAUUCCAUUGAGCAGGGUAAUAGAUAAAGGAGGUACUGCUACACAUUUAGAAAAGCUUUCGUUUUACUGCUUAGUCACAGAACUCCAAAUCAUCUUUGAAGAGACAUAA